ACUUGGGAGGUUCCGCCCUAGCAGUUAGCCAAUCCGAGCCGGACUGGAGGGCAGCGGGCGGGGCGGCUGCGGUUGCUUACCCUCCUCCCGCCAGCAGGCGGCGCACCAAGCCGAGCUGCGGGGUUUCCAGGGUUCUGCACGAUCAUCCUCGCGUGCCUUUUCCUAAAUAAACGUUUUGCAGUCCUGCCUACUCAGCUCUUUCCGAGGACAGAGGUCCCAGAAACCACCCCUCAUUUCGGGCCUCCAACCCAGAAAGUCCGGAUGGGACCUACAGCGAGACCGGAGCGCUUCUUCGGUGUCUACCUGCUCUACUGCCAGAACCCCCGGCAUCGGGGCCGCGUUUACGUGGGAUUCACUGUCAAUCCUGCUCGUCGGGCUCGGCAACACAACGCCGGGCGCAAAAAAGGUGGCGCCUGGCGGACCAGCGGGCGAGGACCCUGGGACAUGGUACUGAUCCUGCAUGGUUUUCCGUCUGCUGUGGCUGCCCUUCGGUUUGAAUGGGCCUGGCAGCAUCCUCAAGCCUCACGCCGCCUGACUCACGUGGGGCCGCGCCUGCGCAGUGAGGCUUCCUUUGCCUUCCACCUGCGGGUGUUGGCACACAUGCUCCGAGUUCCUCCGUGGGUGCGCCUCCCUCUAACACUGCGCUGGCUGAGACCUGACUUUCGCCAUGAACUUUCUCCAGCACCACCACCACACAUGCCCAUUGCCUUUGGGCCACCACCCCAGCCCUUGGUCCCGAAGCAACUCACUGCAAGUGAGAAUGACAGCAGGCGCCAGCUGGAUCUAGGUUCCAAGGCCAGCUGCAUGUUGUGUGCGCGUAUCCUACAGGAUGAAGAGGGCCCCCUGUGCUGUCCCCACCCUGGUUGUCCUCUAAAAGCCCACAUUAUCUGCCUGGCAGAAGAGUUCCUGCGGGAAGAGCCUGGGCAGCUUCUGCCCCUGGAAGGCCAUUGUCCGAGCUGUAAGAAGUCUCUGCUUUGGGGAAGUCUGAUCCGACAGUGCCAUGUGGAUGCUGAGGAGGAAGAGGACUUGGAAUUAGAAGAGGAACACUGGACAGACUUGCUGGAGACCUGAUCUUAGGCGUCCCCAACUGAACCCUGUUCCUUUUCUGCCCCUCUCGUCAGUGCUUGGCAGCUUCUACCUGAGCACAAUAAAAAAAACUGAGUUAAGGGCUGGAGAGAUGGCUCAACGGUUAAGAGCACUGGCUGCUCUUCCAGAGGACCUGAGUUCAAUUCUCAGCAACCACAUGGUAAUGAGGUCUAGUGCCCUCUUCUGGCAUGCAGGCAGAACACUGUAUACACAGUAAAUAAAUAAAUCUU